AUCGUUGGCAGAGUAAGGUAAAUGUUUCUGAUUUCAACGAAAAUGGAAGAAAAGAGAGCGGUGGUAGCUAGUGUCAGCACAUGGCAACACAAAUAAAUAAACAUUUGUCUCCGAAGAUUGAGACACCACUUCACAUUAAUACGAUGGCUUCACAUUUCAAUGCUUUCUUCCAUUUCCUUGUCCUCCUUAUCUUCCUCCCUCUCAAUUCUCACUCUUUUGCAGAUACCCCUUCGUGGGUCAAAGCUGGUUAUUACUAUUCUGGGAACGAAAUUUCUGCUUCAGACAUAAAAGCCACGCUUUUCACUCACCUCUUAUGCGCUUUCGCUUUCAUAAAUUCCACCAACUACAACAUCUUUAUCAACUCUUCCGAAGAACACAAGUUUUUAACUUUCACCAACACAGUGAAACUCCAAAACCCAUCUGUUUCAACGCUUCUUUCCAUCUGGGGUGGCCGAGAGGACACUUUAGUCUUUUCCUCAAUGCUAAACCAAUCUGUUUAUAGAAAGUCUUUCAUUGAUUCUUCCAUCAGAAAAGCAAGGCUAUGUGGUUUUCAUGGCAUAGACCUUUAUGGGGCAUGGCCAAGACAACGAGGUUCAGACCUUGAAAAUUUUGCAGCCCUUUUGAAGGAGUGGCGUGAUGCAAUAAAUUUUGAGGCAAGAAACUCUAGCAAACCUGAGUUGAUGUUAGUGAUGGCAGGUCAUUACCUUAGAGCGUCAGACUCAAGGAGUUACCCUUUUGGUUCUAUGCAGAAGAACUUGGAUUGGGUGCAUUUUGUGGCAUAUGAUUACUAUCUUCCUAGGAAGGAGAAUUUCACGGGUUUUCAUGCAGCUUUGCAUGGUCCAUCUCGUUGGGAUAACACCGAUUCUGGUAUUAAAGAGUGGAGGAGGAGGGGGUUUUCUUCGAACAAGUUGUUGAUUGGCUUGCCUUAUCAUGGAUAUGCUUGGCAACUUGUGAACCCUAGAGGAAACAAUGAUGUUGGAGCACCUGCAUCAGGACCUGCCAUCACAAUGGAUGGUUCCAUGGGUUAUAAGUUUAUAAAGAGUUACAUUAGAAGCUUUGGAGAUGGAGCUGUUUCACGUCACAAUGCUACUUUUGAGGUGAAUCAGUUCACUGUUGCAUCCAUCACUUGGGUUAAUUUUGAUGAUGUGGAAGUAAUCAGGGCCAAAGUGUCUUAUGCAAAGGAAAAUGGACUACUUGGUUACAGCGUGUUCCAAGUGGGCAAUGACGAAAAUUGGGUCCUUUCAAGGGCAGCUCAAGAAGUAGAUGAACAUCAUCAUCAUAUGAGUAGGUUGCUGAUAAUUGUUCUGCUUACAAUUCUGAUUGUCACGCUUCUAUUGGGAAUAGUAUUUUUCUUCUAUUACAGAGGAGUAGUAGCCACUAUUACAAGAAUAGUAUAUAAGCUGAGAUAUUUAUCAGAAGCCGAAGAAGAUCUCGAAAGCAACGCUUCUGAUCUCAAAGUGUUCAGUUAUCUCACAAUUAAAGUGGCGACAAAUAACUUCUCAAAAGAUAAUAAGCUUGGAGAGGGUGGAUUUGGUGCAGUAUACAAGGGAAGAUUACGGAAGGGACAGGAAAUAGCUGUAAAAAGACUCUCAGAGACCUCUAGUCAAGGCAUUGAAGAGUUCAGAAAUGAGAUUACACUUACAGCAAGACUACAACAUGUGAACUUAGUGAGACUUCUAGGUUACUGCACAAAAAAGGAGGAGAAGAUUCUGAUCUAUGAAUACCUGCCAAACAAAAGCUUAGAUCAUUUCCUCUUUGAUCCAAGGAAAUCAAUUCUUCUAGAUUGGAACAAGCGUAUCAAUAUCAUUGAAGGGGUUACUCAAGGCCUUCUUUACCUCCAAGAGUACUCAAAUUUUACUAUUAUCCAUCGAGAUCUUAAAGCGAGUAAUGUUUUGUUAGACCAUGAGAUGAAUCCAAAGAUAUCAGAUUUUGGUAUGGCUAGGAUGUUCAGGAAAUAUGACCUUGAAGCAAACACAAGCAGGAUUGUUGGAACAUAUGGGUAUGUACCUCCUGAGUAUGUGAGAAAAGGCAUAUACUCAACAAAGUACGAUGUUUAUAGCUUUGGAGUUCUUCUCUUGCAAAUCAUAAGUGGAAAGAGGACAUCAUGUUAUUAUGGCACACAUGAAAACAUGAACCUUUUGGAAUAUGCAUAUGAACUGUGGAUAGAAGACAGAGGUGUGGAGUUUUUUGACCAAUCAUUGGAUGAUACAGCAUCACCAUGUAAAAUCAUGAGAUGCAUGCAGGUGGCCCUUUUGUGUGUUCAAGACAACUCUGCAGAUAGACCUUCCAUGUUGGAAGUUGAUUCACUGCUCAAGAAUGAAGCUGCUGCUAUUGGCACUCCCAAAAUGCCUGCUUUUUCAGCUAAAAAACAUGAAGAUGAGGAAGAAACAUCUCACAGCGGGAUCAAACUCUCUUCAAUCAAUGAUGUUACAAUUUCUCAACUGGCACCAAGAUGAUGGGUGGUAUGGAGCAGGACAUUCUAGUACUUAACUAUGAAUCGAAUCAUUUCAGGUUAAUUUUUUAUUUGACUUUGUUCCUUCGGAGCGGGAAACUAGAAACUUAGCCUUGGAACUCCAGCAGAGUAUAUAAGAUGUGGAUUAACCAGUUACAUGAUUAACUGCUAUUAUUCAAGAAUGUGAGAUGAUAUCUGAAAAUUAUAAAAUGAUUGUAUAUAUAAAUUCCAGUAAAAAAGAAUAUGAAAAUAUAUGAAAAUGGGGAAAUAUUAUUAAGCU